UCAGGGAAAUAUGGCGGCGCACAUAACCAGGACUGCCAAAGGACUCCUUCCACAGUGUAACAGCCAGCUCCAGUCUUCAGUCUGGCAGCUGUUUGGAGGAGUAUGUCGUCAUCACCACUGCUCCGGCCCCUCGCUGCGUUACAUCCCGCGCAGAGCCGUCCUCUACUGCCCCGGCAAUGAUGAGCGAAAACUCAGGAAGCUGGCCUCGCUAGACGUCGACUGUGCCGUCUUAGACUGUGAAGAUGGGGUAGCCCUCAGCAAAAAGACGGAGGCGAGGGAGACUAUACCGCGGAUGUUGGCUGAGCUGGACCUCGGCCGCACGGAGAGGUGCGUCAGGGUGAACUCCGUGUCCAGUGGUUUGGCUGACGCUGACCUCCAAGUCCUUCUGCAGGGCCCGGUGCUGCCCCCAGCCAUCAUGCUGCCCAAGGUGGAGAACACAGACGAAGUGCGCUGGUUCCUUGACAGGUUUCAGCACCACUUGAAAGGCCGUCCGCUGACAGAACCCAUUCGCCUGGUCACCUUUGUGGAAACCGCUGUGGGCCUGCUCAAUUUUAAGGAAGUGUGCGACGAAGUUCACGAUCUCGCUCCUAAGACCGGCCUGCAUCACGACGGCGUGGUGUUCGGUUCCGAUGACUUCUGCGCCAGCAUAGGUGCGACCAGGACAAAAGACGCCAGAGAGCUGCUGUACGCCAGGCAGAAAGUGGUCGUGACGUGUAAGGCGUUCGGUCUGCAGGCCAUUGAUCUGGUUUAUAUCGAUUACAAAGACGUGGACGGGCUGAGGCGGCAGGCCCGAGAAGGAGCGCUCAUGGGGUUUACAGGGAAACAGGUGAUCCAUCCAGGGCAGAUUGCAGCAGUGCAGGAGGAGUUCUCCCCCAGUCCAGAGAAAGUCCAGUGGGCCUCUCAACUUAUAUCUGCUUUUGAACAACACCAGAAGGAGGGGAAGGGCGCGUUCACAUUCGGCGGCAGCAUGAUCGACAUGCCAUCUCUGAAACAGGCUCAGAACAUCAUCACGAUGUCUGCGGCAGUGUCCGGCAAAUAAGUGACCACCGGUGAGAAUCUACCUGCAAACGGACACGUCACCUGGGACAUGUCGGACUGUAUGAAUGAUUCUAAUUUAUAAUGAACAGUGUAGCUUCUCUCAGAUGGGUAAUCUCCCCUUCGUACAACACAUUAAUACAACUCUUAACACUGGAACGGCUGCUUCGUGUUGCCACUUUUUUGGGACACUUCCAACUGUACUGGACAUAUGGUAAACAAAUAAAACUAGCGACACUAUCAUUAAUCAACAUGACCCUUUGCACAUCAACGUUUCAAUGUUUUUGUCCAACUACAAUGACUUAAGUACUGACAAUAUUUCCGAUUUAUCAAUAAAAAGCAAAGAUACAG